UGAAUCCUAAUUUCUUUUAGUUUUUCUCUGAUUUCGUGUAUUUUUUUGGUUUGAAAUGGAGAUACAGUGGCGUUUGUGGAAUAAGGACUGGGCCUCCUUUAUACGGCCGUGGAUACCUAUACUGUUAGGCCUUCAUCUCCAGUUCUCCCGGGCCUCCAAUUGUCCCGAGGAGUGCCGCUGUGAUCGAACCUUUGUUUACUGCAACGAGCGGAGCCUGACCUCAGUGCCUCUGGGAAUUGGUGAGGGUUACAAGACUCUUUACCUCCACAACAACCAAAUCAACAAUGCUGGUUUUCCCUUGGAGCUCCAUCACGUGGCUUCAGUGGAAACUGUGUUUCUCUACGGCAACCAGUUGGACGAGUUCCCCAUCAACCUGCCCAAAAAUGUAAGAGUUCUCCAUCUGCAGGAGAACAACAUUCAGACCAUCUCCAGAGCAGCUCUGGCUCAGCUUCUUUGGCUGGAGGAGUUGCAUUUGGAUGAUAACUCCAUUUCAACUGUGGGGGUGGAGGAAGGGGCCUUCCGUGAGGCAGUGAGCCUAAAGAUGCUCUUUCUCACCAAAAACCACCUGAGCAGUGUGCCUAUUGGUCUUCCAGAUGAUCUAAAAGAGUUGCGAUUGGAUGAGAACCGGAUUGCAGUUAUUGCAGAGGAAGCAUUUAGAAAUGUCACCCGCUUGCAGCGCCUCCUGUUGGAUGGGAACCUGUUGACAGAUGAAGGGAUUGCACCAGGGACCUUUCAAGACCUGGUCACCCUGAGGGAGCUGUCUCUGGCCCGCAACUCACUCACCUACCCUCCUCCGUUCCUCCCAGGGGAGGUGCUUGUCAAAUUAAACUUUCAGGAAAAUCAGAUAAACAGGAUCCCUGCCAGGGCGUUUGCAGGGUUGCACAAGCUGGAGAGGCUGGAUAUUUCUAACAACCAGCUGCAGUUGCUGACAGAGGGGGUCUUUGAUGGUCUCGUCAGUCUCAGACAGCUCACUGUUCGCAACAACCUUUGGCUGUGCGACUGCAGCAUCAAAUGGGUCGUGUCGUGGCUCAAAUCUCUGCCAGCCUCGCUCAAUGUUCGUGGCUUCAUGUGCCACAAACCUGAAAAGUUCCGGGGCAUGGUGAUCAGAGAACUGAGUGCUGAGCUGGUCCAGUGCCCGCAGAGCACAUCAACGGCACCCAGGCCCACCUUGCCAGCUGACCCUGCUCUGGUUCCAUCCCUGUCAUCUUCCACAGACUCCCCACUCAUCACUCAGUCUCUUUCCUCCUCCAGGCCACCCUUUCCCACAUUACCCACACUCUAUCCUGUGUAUUCAACCAGAGAGGGGGGGGUAAGGACUAAGCAACCUGUGGACCCCAGGAGGGAGACUUUGCAGGUCACGUUUGCCAUACUAAAUGGCUCGGCUAUCCACGUAAGCUGGGUGGCUGCCUUUCCAGUCACCGCCUACAAGGUGACCUGGGCCAGGAUGGGGCCCAGUCUGACAGGGGACACCGUCAGGGAGAGGAUAGUGGGUGGGGAUCACCGAGGGAUCCGACUGGCUAAUCUUGAGCCAAAGUCCACUUAUCGGAUCUGUGUCAUUCCCUUGGAUGCAUUCAAUAAUUACCGCCCCAAAGAUGAUACAGUGUGCACCGAGGCCGUGACCACGGCGGCCUAUUUCAGCCCUGACAACAACAAAAGACCGUCGGGGCCGGAGCAGGCCACACAGCAGGAACCCAGCUCGCCUUUCUUGUUGGCGGGGCUGAUUGGUGGGGCCGUGAUCGUGGUGUUGGUGGCACUCCUCAGUAUUUUCUGCUGGCACAUGCACAAGAAGAGCCGCUCCAAGUCCUCCACCAAGUGGAAAUAUAACCGCGGUCGGAGAAAAGAUGACUAUUGCGAGGCAGGCACCAAGAAAGAUAAUUCCAUCCUGGAAAUGACUGAGACUAGCUUCCAGAUAGUCUCACUUAACAACGAACAGCUCCUCAAGGGAGACUUCCGUAUUCAGCCUAUUUACACCCCUAAUGGGGGCGUUGGCUUCCGAGACUGUCCCCUGGAGAACAACAGCACAGUCUACUGUAAGAACAAUGUUCAGGAAGCAGACUUUCGUGGCACAUGAUGGUUUUGGAGAGCAUUUUUACUGACA